ACAUGCGCCGUAGCACCCUACACUCCGCCAUUGAGGGACCCACGAUCAGGAGGAAAGGGUCAGAGAGGCACUUCGACAAGCAGUAGCUGCACGUUUCUCCCGUCUUCUAUCUCAACUUUGGCUUGAGAUACCUUUUUCAACACUUGUCUCACACGCUUGUCGUAUUUCCUGUGGAUGAUUUUGUUUGACAACUGUAUGUAUCAUCUCUAGCAAGGAUUGUGUUUUGCCACAUUCUAGAAGUAACGGGCAGCGGAGAAUCUCAGCUAGCGACGGCUAUAACGAGGCUAUAGCAGGCUAACUAACGUUAGCUAGCGACCUGGCUAGCUGCACACGAGCUGAGCUUUGCUCGGUGGUGGGGUGGGGGGGCGGUUUGCCUACAGUGUCGUUUGAUGGAUCCGAGAAUCGCCUGGUUUCAACCAGAACAACGUGGACCCGCUAACAACCUGUGGAUGCAGAUUUGGGAAACGACACAAGGACUCGGGUACUUGCACGUAAAUAACAGCUACACCACUGGAUCUCAGAGCACGCCGAGCCUGAAAGCGAUCAUCAACGGAGCGUCGGGAGUCGUCCUCACCAGCAGAAACGGAGCACUUGACUCAAACACCGGUAGCGCUGAAGCUAGGACUCAGGGGAUGUCGACCUCAGUGGGGAACGGAGAAAUACCGGAGCAGCGGGACUUUAUACCACUGGAAACCAAUAGCAACCACAACAACCGAGCCGCUGGUAGGGGCGGUGGCGGUGGAGGGGGGCAGCAGCAGGGCAGCGGGGUCGCUAUGCUGUGGAGGGGGCUGACGGACGGACACCCCAACAAAAGGAAAAGAGACAACAAAGCUAGCACUUUCGGAUUCAAUUCCAGCCUCUUGAACAGUGGCAGCGGCCCCAACACAGGAGGCUGUGGAGGUUACACGGGCACGCCAUGGAAAGUCAGGAACUACUCAGAAGGAGUUGUAGGGUUACACGAGGAGGUCAUCGACUUCUAUGAGUACAUCUCCCCACGACCGGAGGAAGAAAAGAUGAGACUGGAGGUGGUGGACAGAAUCAAGGGAGUCAUCCACGACCUGUGGCCCAGUGCUGAGGUCCAGGUGUUUGGGAGUUUCAGCACUGGUCUUUAUCUGCCAACAAGUGACAUUGACCUAGUCGUAUUUGGCAAGUGGGAGACCCUCCCACUCUGGACACUGGAAGAGGCUCUGCGGAAGAGGAAUGUUGCAGAUGAGAACUCCAUCAAGGUUUUGGACAAGGCCACGGUUCCCAUCAUCAAACUCACUGACUCCUUCACUGAGGUCAAAGUGGACAUCAGUUUCAAUAUGAAGAGUGGCGUUAAAGCUGCCCGGCUCAUCAAGGAAUUCAAAGAGGUACAACUUGGGCAACUUGAGAUUUUUGCAAUGUUUCCUGUACACUUGGAAUAUGUAACCUUCAUGAUUAACUUUGUCCUGCAGAAAUACCCUGUGCUGCCUUACCUGGUCCUGGUGCUGAAGCAGUUCCUCCUGCAGAGGGACCUCAAUGAGGUUUUUACCGGUGGAAUUGGCUCCUACAGUCUCUUUCUGAUGGCUGUCAGCUUCCUGCAGCUUCAUUACAGGGAGGAUGUGUGCAGUCCCAAUAUCAACAUCGGAGUUCUGCUCAUUGAAUUCUUUGAGCUCUAUGGUCGCCACUUCAACUACCUGAAAACCGGUAUCAGGAUAAAAGAUGGAGGUUGCUAUGUUGCCAAGGAUGAGGUUCAGAAGAACUUGAUGGAUGGUUACAGGCCCUCCAUGCUCUACAUCGAGGACCCAUUGCAGCCAGACAACGAUGUUGGUCGGAGUUCGUACGGCGCCAUGCAAGUGAAGCAGGCAUUUGACUAUGCCUAUGUGGUGCUCAGCCACGCGGUGUCACCCAUCGCCAAGUACUAUCCCAAUAAUGAGACUGAGAGCAUACUUGGCAGAAUAAUCCGAGUAACGCAGGAGGUGGAUGAAUACAGAGAAUGGAUCCGAAAGAACUGGGGGAGUCCAUCUCAGAAUGAUGUGUCACUCAACAGAAAUGAUGUCUCGCUGUUUGAGUCCCAGCAGCUCGAUGAGUGCAACAACAACGUUCCAGAUGAUGACGACGUCGUUGUAGUUUUACCAUCGGCUCCCCACAGCAAAACCUCGUCCAACUCCUCCUCUCCAUCGCCUUCGCUGCGCUCCUCUCCCUCCUCCUCUCCACUGUCGCCUUCGUCCACAUCCUCAAGCUCCAGCGAUGCGGACUCUGAUGGCACGCCGUGUAAGACAGCCAAGCAGCAGCCUGGCCGGGGAUCCAGCACCCACAGGGAAAAGUCUGCUGUUGUCAGUAAUCACAGAACACAGAACCACACUACCAGCUCUCCAUCUGGAAACAACAAGGGAGGAAAAGCAAGGAUGUCUCGUUCCCACCAGAAGAGCGGACACCACGGGCAGCAGAGCUCCUCCUCCAGCACCAAAAGUCAUCAGAGCAACAAGCCACACCACCAGGGUAACAGCAAGAAGAGGAAAAAUGUGCGAGACUCUACACAAGAGGACCUCUGCAGAUAGGGGUGACCUCGCCUGCCCCGCCCCAUCCCCACCCCCGUCCUUGUCUGCAACUGACUGACAGUCCUGUCCCACUUCUGCUGCCAGACUCCAGCCUCGGGAGGUUGUUAGAAGUGUUAAAUCAUCUAUAGUAUCUGUCUCUUUGUCAAGCUUUUCGGGAUGACAAGCAAUGAUUUCUAGCAGGAAAAAAAAAGAACAAAAAAAAAAAGAAUUGUCAUAGGAAAUGGGGUUUAAUUUCUUGGACCUGAACUGAAAUCACAAAGGAUAAAUGCUCAUUUGCUUCCCAACAGCUUCCUUUGCAGAGCGGUUUUCCUUCCCGCAGCCAGCACCCACGCAACAUGCCUCUUGCGCCUCCUGCUGUACAGGAAUAGACAGGUUGGGUGUCUGGAAACUACUGUGGAGCAAUACCUGGAACUGCUGGUUGGAAAAUAGGAUCAAAAAUUUUGUCAAAAAAGGAAAAAAAAAGAAGAAGGAAAAAAGCAGAUGGCUUAAAAAAGAAAAGACAAAAACAUACACAAUUAUUUUUAAGAUGGUAACUUACAAAUGCAAUCAGUAAGAGUGGGACAUAACUUAUGCAUGAAUUUUUUUUUUGUUGGUUGAUUUUUCUGUUGGUUUAAUCGGUUUUUUAUGUCUAAAAACAGAUUAUACAAAGAUUUGUAAAAAAAAAAACAUAUAAGCAAAAAGGUUAAAAAAAGACAAGAAGAAAAUCAUUUCAUAUUACCUUUUUACAAGAUAUAUCGAUUGAAGACAUGUAAAUGUGCACAUCUUGUGCCCGCAGCUUUUUGGCCAAAGCCAAGAAAUGGUUUGGGCCCCAUUGCCAACAUACAUCAUCAGCAUCUACUUUUACUCCUGUUUGCUCACUGUGACUUUCUACAGUGUUAACAUUUAGCCUUUAGUGAGCCAAUGCUCACAUACAGCCCUAUAGAUGACUGGAUAGAGCCUGGUCUCUCACCCAGCCCAAUAGCACAGCCACAUCAGUGUAGAGGCUUUAAGACUACAGGUUUAAAUUAAUAAGGGGUGAUGAUGUUUUUAUUGAGAAAUCCUACACUUGAAAAACAAAGAGUUAUCAAUACAACUGUGGGUUCCUUUGGUAAUUUGCCCACUGUAGAAUCAUUUGUUUUUGUUCAAAGUAUUUAUUUUUUAUUAAUUAUAUGAACAAAGUAUGGAUAUAUGUAUUAUUAACAUUAGAUCCCAUAUAUUUGAGUCCUAUAUUUGAAACAGGAUAAGCUGGGGGGAGGUGGGGUGGGAAUAUUCAGAUACAGUAAAAUACCACCUUUAUGAUUUCAUCUGGGAUUUUUUUCUUUCACUGACAGCUGAGUGACCAAGUUACUUUGGAAAGUUUGAGAGACCGUUUUACAAGUUCUCGGUGAGAAUUUUGUUUUAAUGUGGCUGGUCUACUUACUUUGAAAGGGAGCUCAUUUUUAUUUUAUAAUAUAAACUGUCACAGCAACACAUUCUUCAAUGUUACUCCCCUUCUGUCAUUGCAGUACAACAACCAUCCUGUAGAUGGAGUCCUCGCUCCAAGUCUGAAUCCACAGAAUUUUGGCUUGUAUACUGCAUUUGGGUGGUUUACCUCUUUGUUAUUGUUGUGAUUGACCGAUAAUAUGGCGAUAUUCUAAUUGAAUGAGCAGCUGCACACACAAACCCUGCUGAGCUUAGUGCUUUCUGGAGGGAUUAACGCACCAAAGCACAGCACAAGUCCCUUAUGUCUUUCCUCCAAAUGUGACAUCACCCAUAUUAAAACAAGGAGCCAGCAUUACGUUUUACGGUAUAUUUUUACUUGUCAAAGGCUACUGCAGCUGCAGGAUGUCAUGCUCGCAGCUGAGUUUAAUCUUAUGUGUUAAGACAGUAAAGCACAUUUGACAAGCCUAUGCUAUAACUCGCAGCCUAUUAUAUUUGGUGUUGAAAAGUUGAAAGUACGGCCCCCUCCUCAUUCUUCCGCGCUACAGUUGCGGUUUAAAUGCAGUAUACAGCCUAAGCGCCGGUCUUGUGGUUGACUGACAAGGAGAAAGGUGCAUAGAAUUAGCCGUGCCAUCUGAAUGUCCUCUGACCACCUCUCUUCCCUGCAGGAAGGCUUCAAACCCAACUGUACUCCUCUGAAACGUUUCUCUACAGCUCUUUCAAUUCAUGCAAUAAAAACGGUACAAUUAAAA